AUGUAUUUAGAUCUACCUUGUGGAAUAGCUGUUGGUAACAUGGUUGUGCUGAAAGGUGUGUAUCUCAACGACACAGGGUUCACUCUAAAUCUGAAGAACGCCGCCAACAUCUUCCUCAACUUCCGCCCCCGCAUCAAGAACCUUCCUGUAGUCACGCUAAACUACAAGUAUAACAAUGUCUGGGGGACAGAGUGGAUCCCCCUCUACAACACAUUCCCCUUCACCGUCGGCCAGCCGUUUAGCCUGCACAUCCUGGCCGGUGGCAAUGGUUACGUCAUCUUCAUCGACGGCAAGUGGUUCAUUGACGGCGAUGCACGUAUUCGUGUCUCGCCGCUCCAGACAGAGCAGUGUGCAGUACAUCGAGCUGGGAGCGGAGGUGGCCAAGAGGUAGGGCGAAUUCAGGCGAGAGUUUUAGUGGCUGAGAAUUUGUUUUCCUUGGAGAUGGCAGAACUGGACAUUACCUUGACCUCACAAAUGUUAAUUUCAUCCAAGGUUGUGCUGAAAGGUGUGUAUCUCAACGACACAGGGUUCAUUCUGAAUCUGAGACAGAACGCCGCCAACAACACCCUCCACUUUAGACCCCGCAUCUCCAUCGUCACGAACAUCCCCGUGGUCACGUUAAACUACAAGUAUAACAAUGUCUGGGGGACAGAGUGGGUUCCCCUCUAUAGCACAUUCCCCUUCACCGUCGGCCAACCGUUCAGCCUGCACAUCCUGGCCGGUGGCACUGGUUACGUCAUCUUCAUCGACGGCAAGUGGUUCUGUAGCUUCACUUACGUCGUGCCGCCAACUAGUGCCAGAUAUUUUGAAUUCACCGGCGCGAUCAAACUUCUGGAAUUAAGUGUUUAA